AUGUCAAAUCUACAGUCGAAAGACGAAUAUGAGCGUCAAUCGCUUGAAAAGGCUCCCCAGGAGUCGACUUUGCACGUGGAAGAGCUCAUGCGGGGUGGCUUGACCGAGGAAGAUGCUCAGUUCCUUCAUGACAUACCGUUGAAGGAACAAAACCGCAUCUACCACAAGGUCGAUGUUCGUCUCGUCCCAAUGCUGGCCUUGUUGUACCUCAUCAGUCACAUAGACCGAGCCAACAUCGGAAACGCCAAAAUCGAAGGCCUCGAAAAAAGCCUGGGCAUGACUGGCACGGAUUACAAUGUUGCUUUGGCCAUCUUCUUCGUACCAUACGUGCUAUGUGAGGUACCAUCGAAUCAGAUCCUUAUCAGAUGUCUACCAUCUUACUACAUCGGAACCCUCGUCCUAUGCUGGGCCACUGUUAUGACCCUAAUGGGCGUGGUCCAGAAUUUCGCUGGCUUGGUGGCGACAAGAUUCUUCCUUGGAUUCUUUGAAGCCGGCUUCUUCCCAGGCGCAAUAUUCCUGGUCAGUCAAUGGUAUGUUGUGUACCCUCCGAACAAGACACAGAGUCGAAUGGCUAUGUUCUACUGCGCAUCCGCAGCAUCGGGAGCAUUUUCCGGACUCUUGGCGUUUGCGAUUGCCAAGAUGGACGGCAUCGGUGGAUACGAAGGGUGGAGAUGGAUAUUCAUCCUUGAGGGCCUCGCAACCAUCGCGGUGGGUGUAAUGUGCUUCUUCAUGCUGCCGGACAGUCCAUCGCGAUCGAAAUGGCUUACCCCAGAUGAGGCGCGAUUCCUCAACAUCAUCCACUUGCUGCACCGUGGACGCAAGGAGAAACAAGAAUACAUCGAGGGCACCAACAAGAAGAGGCCGUUCAACUGGCACGCGCUGAAACAGGUCCUCACGGACUGGCAGCUGUACCUGCAAGCGUUGGUUUUUAUGUCGAAUGCGGUGCCCAACUACGGCCUGAAGUUCACCAUGCCGCAGAUCAUCAAGAACAUGGGCUUCACCUCGUCAAAAGCCCAGCUUCUGACCGCGCCGCCCUACACGAUGGGAGCAAUCUCAGCGCUGUGCUCCGCGCUGCUGGCUGACCGUUUCGUGUGGCGCAUGCCGUUCAUCGUCGGUGCACAGACGCUACUGAUCAUCGCGUACACGAUUCUGUUCGUAAAGGCCGAGCACAUCGCCGAUAAUGUGCCUCUGUGCUAUUUCGCGGUCUUCGUCGCUUGUGCAGGCGUCUACCCGAUCCUGCCAGGCUGCAACGCCUGGACUAUCAACAACCUCGCCGGCCCAGCGAAGCGAGCUCAGGGCAUCGCGUGGAUGAUCGCAAUGGGCAACUGCGGUGGCAUCGCCGGAUCUUUCAUCUUCAUCGACAAGGAGAAGCCGAAAUACCCGACUGGGUUCGGCAGCUCGCUUGCCUUUGCGGCCUCUGGCAUUGUGUGCGCCCUAACCCUAGAAUCCCUGUUCUGGACCAUCAACAAGCGCAACGCCAGACUCACUGAGGAUGAAUGGCGAGCUAGGUAUACCGACGCGGAACUCGAAAAGAUGGGUGAUCGCUCGCCGCUAUUUAAGUAUUCUUUAUAA